GGCUAUGCGCCCUAAGUCAACAAAAAGAAGAAGUAUUACUGUCAAACAUUAGGCAACCAGAUAAAGUUGCUGCUUGCCAGUGCCAUCUCAUAUGCUUCAGCAUGAGUGAGGAGCAUGUACGCGAGGAGCAGCUGCGAGAAGCUGCUUGUGUUGGUGAUCUGAAGGCACUGAGGGAGCUCAUGCAAAAUGGUGUCAACGUCAACUCAAAGAAUGCUGUCAAUGGCUGGUCUGCCCUGCACUGGGGAUGCAAGCGGGGCCGGCUGGAGGCCGUCCGGAUUCUGCUGGACGGCGGCGCCGACAUCACGGCCAACAACAACGCCGGCCAGGUGCCGGCCCAACUCACCAGCAACUCCGACAUCCUGCGGCUGAUGGGUGUGGAGGUGGCGAACGGCGCGGAGCCAGCGGCACCUAACGGCGUGCCGGAUAGACGGCCGCCGACCGAGCUGGGCGCCGCCUGCCGGCUCUGUCACUGCCAGCGGCUCCGGCCCGCAAAGGGCGUCGUUCCCGACGACGAGCUGGUGUUGAAAGUGCGGGUGGCCGGUGUGCCGGACAACGCAGACUUUAUCGAGCUGGAGAUGUCAACGGCUGAGCUGACGAUGGACCGGCUGCUGCGCGAGUGCUGCCGAGAACUGAACAUCGAGGGACAGGUGAUCGACCGGGUACGGAAGCUCCCGAACACGAUCCUGCGCCGCGACCGGGACGUGCGCCGGCUCACCGACUACCAGGAGCUGGAGCUGGUGCUGCGUGACAGCGUCAGCUCCAGCUCGACGCGGUCGGCGGGGCCCUUCAGCCAGCCCAUCGUCUACUAGAGAGCGGGGCCCGCGCCGCCCGGCCGGCCGUCGGAGGAGGCCAGCCCGCGCGACGGCGCCGUCUGUUGAGCUGCGUGUCGUCCACCGACC